CACUGCAGUUCCCGUGUGACACAUUAGUCACUUACGGUUAUUUUAAGUAACGAGCCAAAUGUCCUAUAACCCCGGACUGUUCUAUCUCCGCCUCAUUACUGUUAUAGCAGAUGCCUUCUACUCGGCUUCCUUCAUCAUGUGGUAAAACAAUGACGUGUCUGCAUUCCCUUUUCCGCAUUCUGUUUAGCGACUCCUCCUCCCUCCAGCCAAUGAACAGCCUGCCAUUUCUGCGCAACCUAACAUAUCCUUGAACCGCCUUCCCCAUCCUCGCCCAUUGGCUCUGCCUUUGAGCCGUGUCAUUCUAAACGAGCUAAAUUCGAAUACUUCGCUCGCCGUUUGCGCCUAGAUUGGGCUGCCCAGUUUAUUGACGUGUAAUAAGGAGGCAGGGUGAGCACGGUGAUUGGAUAGAGUUACAAGUUAGGGUGCGAGGCUGUGAGGGCCCGAUUGGGAGUGAGAAGCCGCGAGGUGCUCGUGGUAACGCUGACCGACCAAACCGGAGAAGAUGAGGCGCGCGGCCGGGCUGCUGCUCCUUUUGCGGAUGCUCGCGCUGCUGCUGCCGGCGCACGGUGAAGGAGUGGAUAUUGCAGACAGGGUGAUAUGGGCGGUCAACGCCGGCGGGGAGGAACACAUUGACAGUCACGGCAUCCGUUAUAGGAAGGACCCACUGGAGGGCAAGGUCGGGAAGGCUUCUGACUAUGGCAUGCGGCUUCCCAUUCUGCGAUCUAAUCCUGAGGACCAGAUCCUGUAUCAAACUGAGCGUUACAAUGAGGAUACCUUUGGCUAUGACAUUCCUGUCCGUGAGGAGGGUGACUAUGUGCUCGUAAUGAAAUAUGCUGAGGUCUACUUUGCUCAGUCUCAGCAGAAGGUCUUUGAUGUCCGUUUGAAUGGCCAUGUUGUGGUUAAAGACCUAGAUAUUUUUGAGAAGGUAGGCCACAGCACAGCCCAUGAUGAAAUUGUACCCUUCAGCAUCAAGAAAGGCAAGCUGAGUGUACAAGGUGAAGUGUCCACAUUUAAUGGCAAGCUGAGUGUAGAGUUUGUCAAGGGAUAUUAUGAUAACCCCAAAGUGUGUGCCUUCUAUAUCCUGAAGGGAACACCUGAUGAUGUACCAAAACUCCAACCUCAUCCUGGCCUUGAGAAAAAGGAAGAAUAUGAUGACGACGAUGAAUAUGAAGAAAGUGGUGAGGUGAAGAGGGCUGCAGGCACUAAGCACCGUGUACAGUCUGGUCCACGCACACCAAAUCCUUAUGCUACAGACAACAGCAGCCUCAUGUUUCCCAUAUUGGUGGCCUUUGGUGUCUUCAUCCCCACCCUCUUCUGUCUCUGUCGCUUGUGAGAUUGUGAGAGGGUGCAUUUAAUCGGACAGGGAAGAGUGCAAGAGACUUUGGGAAAUGACUGCUGGAAUUUAGAAGAAAACAAAAAAAAAAAUGCAGCAAAAGAUCCCAGAAAGACUUGCCUUGAAGCUCAAAGCUUGUUUGUGCCAGGGAGUGGGGUGGGUGGGAUAGUGGGAAAAGAAGCAUUGUGUGCAUCAAUUUUUAUUUUUUUUAUUUUUUUCUUAUGAGUGAGAAGGGGAGUGGGGGUGUGUGUGUGUGCACAUGUAAGUUCCCUCAGAUGAGUUUUGAAAAAGCAUGCUUUCUGUAUGCGUCACUGCAAACUGCUGAAGCAUUGUGCCUUAAAGACAGAACAGUGUGCUGUAGCAGUGGUCAGUGAUUGCCCAGAGUCUGCGUGCCAAAUAAAGAAGCAGUGGCAUGUGGCGUUUCUCUCCUGAGAGGUGAGUAGGAAUGAAGGUGUGGCCCUUGCCACAACACAACCCAUUGUAUAAUAUAAAUUUUUUUUUUUUUUUUUUUGUUUUUUAAAUGCUUGUAUAGCCAAUAUCACUGACAUGCAGUCAGACUUCCAUUGCCUUCCAUUUUGUCCACUUCUUGUCUCAUGCCAAAUCUCAUCAUUGUGCGCUUCUUCCUGGUUCUGCAUUCUAACAGGUGGGUUUUAUUGGCUGCUUUCAGGCAUGCAUGCCAAGUACCUGUGAGCAUCUUGGAGGCUACUCUUUGGUAACAGUAAAAUGAACUUCUGGUUAAGGGUAUGGGGUGUGUUAUAUUGGUAGAUAAGGGUUUUUUUGGAUUAGUGUUUCGUGUUAUGGGUAUGCAAGGGUUAUUGCUGGUAUCUAAUUUAUCCAGCACAAGUUUUACAUUGAGCCUUUUUUUUUUGUUUAUUUUUGUUUUUUUGUUUUUAUAUGUAAAGGAAGGCGAGUCAACUGUAAAGGGCAUUUUAGUGACCCCUCACCACAUAGUUUACCAAAUCUAGUGAAGCCAGUGUGGUUCAAUACUUGAGGAUGUUGCUACUGUGAUACCCCCUGUCUGUGGGGGGUGGGGGGGAGUUUUAUGAAUUGACUUUUUUUUUUUUUUUUUAAUGCAUUUUAACUAUUCAAAAAAGAGGCUUGCAAGUUAAGUUUGUUAGCCCAUACUCUUCACUUUGUCAUUGAAUGUCCGUGUAUUGUUCACUUUAAUUCCACUAGAUGUUUUGAUCUGGGGGAGAGUGUCAUAAAAUGACAGGUCACUUGUGGCCUCCCUUGCUCAGUGUAAAUUUCAUUAUAUAUAAAUUUGCAUGUGUGGUGAGGGGGGAAAAUAGGACUAGUCUUUCACAAACAUCCAUGAAUUAUUAAUCAUGCAAACUAGUAAUUUCUUAAUUUGGGGAGGUGAUAGAACACCACCGGCCAUGCCAAUUACAGGGGCCUCAUGUGGGAUGUGCUCAUUUGUGGUAAGACAUUGGAGACACGCUCUUACUCUCCCUCCUUGAGUUGACCUUCAAGUUGAGUUUGGUUCAGUAUCUCACUUCUAAAUAUUGAAUGCCCACUCCCAAUUUUUCCUGUAUCUUAACAUCAAUCGCCAUUUUAGCAGUUUUUCCCUCAGUGUUUGAUUCCAACCCUCGGGUGCCUCUGACAUUGGUUUUCAAACUCGUGAGCAGUGCUGAAGCAGAAAGCAGACGGAUGUGUGCUUUGGGAACUGGAAGUCCGUGCUGCAGAGAAGCCUUACUGGUAGCUUUACAUUGCUAUGUAACACACAUGCUUCUGAAUGGCUUGGCUGACCAACACCUUGAUGGUAAUCGAGGUUGUUCUCCUUAAAAUAACAGCUUUUUGUGCCCUGGAACAUUUUUUUUUACCUUUAUGAAUAUAAUUGAAUUUUUAAUAUAUCAAAUCACUGUUUUAAAUUGAAGGGUCUUACUGUGAUGAUCUUUUUUUGUUUUUCUAUCCUGUCCUGUAUGUGUAUUUAUAUUUAUACUUGCAUAUGUGCUCUGAGCUGAUCCACAGGGACUGAAUACUUUUGAGCAGCUUCAAGCCAAUGUAAGAGAAAUCAAAUGAACCGUACUGUAAUUUUUUUAACCCCACCCCCUCCAUUAAAACCCAGUUUAUCAUA